AUGUUCCAACUCAAGACAAUCCUCACCCUCCUCCCCAUCUUCCUAACAUCUACCCUCGCCGCGCCCUCUCAACCCCACCCCGACACCCGCUCCGACUCGAAAUGCGUCUACUACUGCGGCAGCCACUGCUACUGGGCUAGCGACAUCAGCAAAGCGCAAGCGAAGGGGUACUCCUUACACGAAGAAGGGCGAACAAUCGACGACUACCCACACGUGUACCACGACUACGAAGGGUUCGAUUUCACCGUCUCAGGCACUUACUACGAGUACCCGAUUCUGGAUGAUUACAAGGUCUAUGAUGGGGGUUCUCCUGGUGCGGAUCGGAUUAUCUUUAAUGGGGAGGAUGAGUUUGCGGGAUUGAUUACGCAUACCGGGGCGGAGGAAUAUGAUGGGUUUGUGGCUUGUCAAGCUGUUUAA